UUCUAGGACAACACACUGCCUAUGAAUUAAUCCUGGGACCGAAUAUCCUAGUUGCCAUCUUCGCGAACACCUCUCGACCUCGGCAUGAUUCCGCCUAGAACAGGUCAACAUUUUAUCGAACCAUGGCGUCUUUCCACCGCUUCACUUUUCCCCUCGAUUUAUUUUUGAUUAAUUUUUAACGUUUGUUUGUGUAUAGCCAAGGUUUAUUAUAAUUUUACGUGACCACGAUGAUCAUCCUCUGGACGAGGUUCUCCCCCUCUUUUUCCCUUUGUAAUUAGUGCUGAUUUCAAUGUCCUAAAAACACUUCCGGGUUAUAUUCAUAUAUCAUUUUCUUGAGCUAUUGAUUUUCUUUCGACUCUACUUUGGCCUCUGUUUCUUGUAUAAAGUACAAUAAAGUUGCAACUUUUCUCAUUCUAAAGUUUCAUGAUUGAGUCACGCAAAGAUGACAACUAACGUGACUACUAUAAAAUUAGAGGGUAAUCAGGAAACCGUAACGGAAAUACAAACUUACCUGGAAACCUUCAACAAGGAAAUAGAAGGAGGACAGGGUGAACAAUUUCAACAUGUUCAGCUACAACAAGUUGAAGGUCUUUCUGGUGGCGAAGAAGGUGGAACAUAUUUUGUCGAUCAAUCAGGACAAUAUUAUUAUCAAGCAAGCGGUGAUGACACACCUGUAAUGACCCAAGUUCAAAUACAAGAAGUUGAUGACACAGAAGGACAAACUGAAGGCGACACUGCAGCUGAUGAACAAUAUCAAGAACUUGAAGAAUUAGAGCAAGUCGAUGGGGAAAAUGAACAAGCUGUUAAUGCAACGAAUAAUCAAGUUGUAUUGAAUUCCAAUGAUGCAUAUCAAACAGUAACAAUUGUUCCAUCGGACACUAAUCCUGGUGAAGUGAGUUAUGUUCUUAUAGUGCAACAACCUGAGAAUGAAGAGAAACCAAAACGUGACAAUGAAGCAGGUGAAGAGGAAGGUGAUGGUGAACAGGAUCUCACUGUUUAUGAUUUUGAAGAUAAUGAGGACAAUGAUCCCACCGUUGAAUCAGAAACCGAGGAUGAUAAAACUAAAAUUAUUAAAUACAUUCCCAGAAAGUCACAAACUGUUACUCAAGCGCAUAUGUGUAAUUAUUGCAACUACACAAGUCCUAAGAGAUAUCUUUUAUCUCGACAUAUGAAAUCUCAUUCAGAGGAAAGGCCACAUAAAUGUAGUGUGUGCGAAAGAGGUUUCAAGACUUUGGCAUCACUUCAAAAUCAUGUUAAUACACAUACCGGGACCAAACCGCAUCAUUGCAAAUUUUGCGACAGUGCAUUUACUACAUCGGGUGAACUUGUAAGACAUGUUCGGUACAGACACACUCAUGAAAAGCCGCACAAAUGUCACGAGUGUGAUUACGCUUCUGUUGAACUGUCGAAACUCAAGCGACACAUUCGUUGUCAUACUGGAGAACGACCUUAUCAGUGUCCACAUUGUACUUACGCGAGUCCUGAUACUUUCAAAUUGAAGCGACAUUUACGAAUUCACACUGGUGAGAAACCGUACGAGUGCGAUAUUUGUCAAGCAAGAUUCACACAAUCUAAUAGUUUAAAGGCUCACAAAUUGGUUCAUAAUGUUGGAGACAAGCCGGUUUUUCAAUGUGAACUUUGUCCGACAACGUGUGGACGUAAAACGGAUCUUCGUAUUCACGUGCAAAAAUUACACACUUCAGACAAACCAUUAAAAUGUAAACGCUGUGGAAAAACAUUCCCUGACAGGUAUAGUUACAAGCUUCAUAGCAAAACUCAUGAAGGCGAGAAGUGCUAUAAAUGUGAUCUUUGUCCUUAUGCAUCAAUAUCAGCGCGUCAUUUGGAGAGCCAUAUGCUUAUUCAUACAGAUCAAAAGCCAUAUCAAUGCGAUCAUUGUUAUCAGUCAUUCAGGCAAAAGCAAUUAUUGAAACGACAUUGCAAUUUAUAUCAUAAUCCAUCUUAUAUUCCACCGCCACCGCAGGAAAAAACGCAUCAGUGCCCAGAAUGCGAGAGACCAUUCAGACAUAAAGGUAAUCUUAUUCGCCAUAUGGCUGUGCAUGAUCCAGAGUCAUCAUUGCAAGAGAAACAACAAGCUUUGAAAAUGGGAAGGCAAAAGAAAAUUCAAAUUAUUGAUGGUCAACGAGUUGAAGUCAUGACAGGUGAUUUAGCUUCUAAAUUAAGCUAUGAUGACGAUGAAGAAGAAGAGGAAGAAGAAGAGGAGGAGGAGGAGGAAGAAGAGAUGGGUGAUGAUGAAAUGAUGGCCGUUGAAGGAACUGACGGUCAACAAUACGUUGUUCUGGAAGUUAUUCAACUUGCUGAUAAUCAAGGAUCCGAUCAGCAAAUGGCUGUUGUGGCUAAUGAGGAUGGAGAUAUAGUAAUGGAGGAUCCUUUGGGUCAAGAAAAUACCAUUGUCGCCGAUGUCUCUGGCGAACUUGAAGAAGAUGAUGAAGAAGAAGAGGGAGACACUUCGUUAGAGAAUUUAAAAUUACGAACUCAAAUCACGAGAAACAAAUCUGAGUCACAGUCUUCGCAACAUGAUCCUAAAUUGCGUAAAGACAUGGAAAAUUGUUUUGGUUUUGAUGAGGAGGAAGAAGAAGACGAGGAUGAAGACAGCAGUGAGAUGCGGUUGUUAGGGACCAUAUCGUAAUGUCCGUCAUAGUGAGUAAAGGAUGUGUACUCAAAAAAAUAGUUAAGUAUAUUUCUCAUCCAGUAUAAGUGUAUAAAAUAUUAUAAAUGGUGAAAUUGAGAGACUGUGGAAAUUGUAUACAUAGGUACUAUUAAACUAAUUUAUGGGUGUAAUAUGUUAGUUAAUAGUUUUAAGAGAGAAAAAAAAAUGUAAAUCCAUCAAAAAGAUAACACCGGGAAAUCUAGAAACUAGGAAAUUUAAUUCUGCACUUAAAAUUAAAAACACUUUUUCAAAUGUUUAAUUAGUAUUAAAUACUAUCAAUAGUGUAGAAAAUCGACAUAUGUAUAAUCAAUUUUUCGAAAUUUAUUAUUUAAUAGAUAUUAAAUGAUAAUUUAUCAAUUAAUAUUUGUAAAUUAAUGAUUUUCGAUAAAGAAAAUUUGAUUAUACGUGUUUCAUUUAAUCAUAGAAAAAAUCUACAUAAAAAAAAAUAAAUAGUUUUUUGAGUGUUGCUUAGAUUUGAGAAUGAACAGAGAAAAAGAGCCUAAUGUAUUACCUCUACAGUCUGAGUGUAAAUAGCAGCUUCUCCAUAUUUGUUCAGGUAGCCGAAAAAACUAAAAAGUUUCUAAUUAACCGAUGUACAUCAUUCACGAUAAAUUAUGUCCUUGUCCACAUUGAAUGAAUUAUAAUCUUUCAAUUAGUGGCAAAAAAAAUACCUGUAUCGUAUUGUGAGCAAAAAAAAAAAAAAGGAUUUCAGGGGAAAAUUGUACUAGUUUAAUAAUCAUAUUUAAUAAGAGAGACUUUUUUUUCUUUUAUGAUUUUAGAUAAGCGACGUGUGUUUAUGAAUGAAUGAAUCGAGGAAAUCUACUUCCGCAAUUAAUUGUUUGCAACUGGCACAUUUCAUUUUUAUUUUGUCCAAAAUGUGAGUAACGUUUCCUAUUGUUUUAAUAUAUCAUAUUUAAGUUUUUACAUAUUUUGGAAACUGAUAAAUAUUGAAAUGAAAUGUGAAUUAACUUCAUUUAAUCAAUGAUUUUUUUUUCUAAGUAACGAACCAUUUAAUUUUAUGGUUUAUUAAUUGAAAACGAGAAAAGGAAACGAAAUUGAAAUUAUAUUUUUGCAAUUAAGGCAAAAGAAUUUACUUUUUUUUUUUUUGUUUAAUUUCUUUUCGUUGUUCUUGACACUAUGCAAAUGGGAAACAUUUCCUUUUCUCAAGACUAUUGUAAUCACAUUGUGAAUAAAAAUUACGAUUUAUUAUAAUCAAUAUGAAAAAAUGGCACAAGAUAAAAUAUUGCAAUCAUUUGUUUUCUUUUUUUAAUUAUUGUUUUUUUCAAUAGAAAUUUACGACUUUUUCACAGUUGUAUUUUCUUGAUCAUUGUUUUUUUGAUAAUUAAUCGAGUACCAUUUUUUCUUUAAGUGUUUUUUUUAAGUAUGCACUUAUGAGUAUAAAAUUACACAAAGCUUUAUGAAAAAAAAAAAACUUUGGGUAAGACGGCGCUUAUACGAAAGUGUACAAAAAUAAUGUACAAUUUUUUACAUGCCAAUUGUAAAAUUGUAAUUUAUAAUGUAGGGAUUGAAAAAAAAAAAAAUUAGUCAAUAGUCCUUCGCAUGCUGUUAAAAUUUAUGCACUUUCUUACAUUAUUCCAAAGAUGAAGAAAAAAAGUAAACAGUGUAACGUUUUCUCUGUAAUAAACACUACUUCAUUAAAUGAUA